GUUUUAACGGCGUUGCCGUUCGAGUUAAAACUUAGUGAAUCGUUGUGUUAGUGUUUUUCUAAGAUGGUUACACAGUCUAAUUUGCACACUUUAGAAGAUUUAGCUCGGCUGGAGUUAGAUGAUGAGGACGAGAAUAUCAUUCUCUCCAGAAUUAAAGAGCUGGCAGUAGCUCAUCUACCAGAGGGCUGGAAGAAAUGGAAAGUUAAUAAUCUUCUAAAGAAAGAGCUCCUUAAUGGUGAAAUGGAUUCUCAGAUUCUAAAUAAAAUCCGGUACGCCCUACCCACCGUGGGUCUUAUCCAGGCGUUCAACCCUGAGGCUAUAUCUAUCUCUGAAAAGAAAUACAGGGAAAUUAAGGUGAAGAUGUUGGACUGGCCCUUCUGCAUCGGCCUCAUUAUAGGCCCUUCUUCUUUGGCUGCUAAAAUUCGUGGUUCAUUAGCUCAGAACGAACUAGCAUUAGCUGCUUUAACCGAUCUUAAGCCGUUGUUGAUUUCCAGGCUGGAGGCUUCUCGUCAGCUUGAAGCAGACUCUGACGCAGAAAGUAUCAAUACCCGCCCUUCAGUAAGUUCGAAGGCGAGUAAGAAAUCCAGGCUAGAUGCCUUAGAAAAGAGUAAUGAAGAUCUGAAAAAUAUGCUGGCAUCGGUUCUUGACAGGCUCAAUGAUACCAGACCCUCUAGCUCCUAUAGUCUCUCUGAUGAUGGGAAGGAGAAUCUACAACCCUUCUCAGAGGAGGAGGAGGAUGAGGUUUCGUGGAAGGCUCCAUCCAUCGCGGAUGCGCCUCCUAUGGAAUGGGAUUUUACGCCACAAACUAAGGAGCAGGAGCCUUUAGUUCCGGCACCAAAGCCGACUAUUGAAAAACAGGGUAUUCAGUGCCAGCGGUUAGAGAGUACCUCCUUCAACAAGAUAAGAUACGCAGAGGUGCAAAAGAAGUUUCAGGCCUACCCAGUGUUUAGCGCCUUGAAAGUUAAUCCUCAGCUUCUAGGGAUUUCAUCUACAAACGAUAAUCACUUGGCAAGGUCGGACUCCACUUUAGGUUCGAUUACGCAUGGCCUGCUACUACAAAGGGAGGCCUUUGCAGAGGCGCUGAAGAACUUAAUAUCCAAAUAUCCUUCCAUUGCAUCAGAAGCUCGAAGUAUAUUUGUAGACGGUCAUUCUGAAUUUAGAUCCAUUAGUGAUGACCUUCUCCAGUACACUUGUGGCAGGAGAGCGGAGAUUAUUGAUUUGAGAAGAAAAGCUUUCAGGCCAAAAUCCGAAUCUAUAACUCCUAUGUUUAACGCGAUUCCUCCGUCGUCUACGCAUUUAUUCGAGGAAGUCGCUUUUACGGAGCUGGCAAAGCAGCAUGGUCAUUUUUUUCGGGCGCCAGCUCGGUCCGGGUAUGCGGCACCGCAUGCCUACAAAGGUGCAAAGCCUCCUUUCAGCAGCAAUUCAAAUACAGGAGGCAGGGCACAGAGUAAACCAUGGCCUUCGAGGAAUACCUGGAAGCGUCCGUCAGAGUCCCGUUCAUCAAGAAAUCAACCUUCAUCUGGCUCUUAUAAACCCAGAGAGGGCGGUGUUGACAAAAAAGACAAAGGAAGAAAUGACGCCAUCAGUUCGGGGUUCAAAGGAGGUCGCUUGCAAAAGUUCGUAAAUUCCUGGAUUUCGGCAAGAGCACCCGACGCUAUUUUAAAAACAGUAUUGGGAUAUUCAAUUCCUUUCGUGAAGCGACCUCCCCUAAUAAGAUUCUCAGGCAAGCAUUUAUAUCAUUUUGCUUCCCACGGCUUGUCCCAAGAGAUAGAAAUCAUGAGGCAGCAGGGAAUACUACAGCCAUCAGCACAUACAACGGGCUUCCUAUCACGGAUGUUUGCCGUUCCAAAAAGCGACGGAACUCUGAGACCAGUUCUGAACCUGAAACGUCUCAACGCACACCUGCUACCAUGAAAAUUUCGCCUCUUAAACC